UGUUGGUCUUUUUUUUUUUAAAGUUUCGUUUUAUCGUAAGUUGUUCUGUGUUUCAAUGGUUGACCUAAUUACCGAAAGACGCCAUUAGAAAGGGAGAUAUAGUUCUACAGUAUGCUUGGCGUAUUUAUCUCCAUUCUGUUAGUCGGUGGUGCGCUCUCCGACUUCACAGACCUGCAUUGUGUUGGCAACACCAGCAUCGUAGUGCACUUGUUCGAGUGGAAGUGGACGGACAUAGAGAAAGAAUGUGAAUUCCUGGCCCAGGCAGGCUACUGUGCCGUACAGACAUCUGUGGUCACAGAAAACAAGUAUGAAGUUACAAGACCAUGGUGGGAGAGGUACCAACCUGUCAGCUAUAAAAUAUCUACAAGGUCAGGUACUGAAGAUCAGUUUGCAAGUAUGGUCAGGACCUGUAACAAUUUUGGAGUCAGAAUCAUCAAUGACGUAGUACUGAACCACAUGGCAAGGGGAGAUGUUGGUCUUGGCGUAGCUGGAAGUUUUUUCAACGGCACAGGACUCUACUACCCAGCAGUACCGUACAACGUGACACACUUCCACACACACAACGACUGCUCUGAACCUAGCAACCAGAUCAGUAACACCAGUACAAGUGAUGACCUACGUCACUGCCAGCUGCUGAACCUGCCAGACCUCGACCAGUCCCAAGAUUACGUCAGAUCCAAGAUAGUGGGUCUUCUGGAUCGCCUGGUGGAUCAUGGAUCUGUCGGAUUCCGGGUGGAUGCUGCCAAACAUAUACACCCAGCGGAUCUGAAAUACAUUUAUGACAACGUCAAGGACGUUCUCCCUGGAGGAAGGCCAGCGUUUAUUAAUGAAGUUGUGAAUACAAUACCAGAUGCCAUCUCAUCGGAUGAAUAUUAUGACCUUGGACUAGUUACAGAAUUCCGAUACAGCGAGAUGAUUGGUGAGGCACUGACCAAGGUAGACUACUCAAAACUCUGCGGCGUGUUUCAGACCCUGUUGAGAGAACAUAGUGCUCUUCUCUUCAUAGACAACCAUGACACACAAAGAGGACGCGAGAGGCCUGGCUCCAUAGUACUCAACUAUAAGACUCCAUCACUCUACAAACGUGCGCAAGCCUUCACUUUGGCUGCUGGCUAUGGUACUCAGAGAGUCAUGUCCAGUUACUUUUUCCAAGACACCGAGGCCGGACCACCCGCUGACAGCAAUGAGCAUAUACUGGACGUGUUGCCACACGCGGACGGAACUUGUGGUAACGGUUGGGUCUGUGAGCACAGGUGGGAGGCCAUAAGAAAUAUUGUCAAGUAUAGUAACCUGGUCAAAGGUUCACCACUUACUGACUGCCAGGCCACGGCUAACACAGUCUCCUUCAUGCGAGGUGAUAACACUUUGUUUUGGAUGACCAGCGAUGACGUCACAUCAACGGAAACUAUAUUGACAAAUCUAACAGAUGGUGCGUACUGUGAUCUCAUGACCGACUGUCAAACAAAGUAUGUGGUCCACGAUUCAGGGAAUGUGACACUGACCGCUGCUGAGGACGGCAUAGUGGUCCUAGUGCCUGAUUUAUCAGCUUCCAUUGAGUCCAGCUCAGUGUCAACAACUGACAUGUUAUUUUCAACGGAUUAUAUCACUGACACGUUAACGACCACCACGACUCUCUAUCCUGAUACGGUCAGCACAACAGGGGAUACCUGGUCUACAGACUAUUCCACCCUGCAAAUUAGCAUUUCGGGCGCUAUCACUGACCAGCCAGCAAUAAGUGGCGUUUCCUUGACUGCAGGAUAUACCAGUCCUCAAAUUAGCGUUAUUGGUUCUAUCACUGACCACCUAAAUAGUGAUUACAGAACAACUGACCAUCUUGAUAUCAACUGGACAAGUGGCGUUUCUUUGACAGCGGGCUAUAUCACUCCUCAAAUAAGCGUCACUGGCUCUAUCACUGACCAGCCAGCAACCGAUUACAAAACAACUGACCAUUUUGAUAUCAACUGGACAAGUAGCGUUUCUCUGACUGCGGGCUAUACCACUCCUCAAAUAAGCGUUACUGGCUCUAUAACUGAGCAACCAAGUAAUGAUUACAGGACAACUGACCACCUUGAUAUCAAUUGGACAAGUCGUGUUUCCAUGACUGCAGACUAUUCGACCCCUCAAAUAAGCGUUACUGGCUCUAUCACUGAGCAACCAAGUAAUGAUUACAGGACAACUGACCACCUUGAUAUCAAUUGGACAAGUCGUGUUUCCAUGACUGCAGACUAUUCGACCCCUCAAAUAAGCGUUACUGGCUCUAUCACUGAUCAACCAACAAGUGAUUACAAAACGACUAACAAUCCUGAUACCUAUUGGUCAAGUGACAUUUCUUUGACUGCAGUCUAUACCACACCUCAAAUAAGUUUUACGGGCUCUUUGACUGACCAGUCAACAGCUGACUACAUAACAUCUGACCACUCUAAUAGCAACUGGGCAACGGACGUGUCAUCGACUGCAGACUAUAUCACACCCAGCUCCCAAGUGGACAUUACCACACCCACGGCAUCUACAGCUCCAGAUUGGCGCAGGACUGUUAUAUUUAUCCAAAAACAGACUAGCCCUGGACAGGAUGUGUUCAUUCGAGGAGGAAUCCACCAGUCCCGAUUCUCUGGAGCUAAAGCAUGUGAGACCCCCGACUACGAACACAACGCUUGCGUCAUACCAAUAAGACACAGGGUGCUGGGCAUAAGGGAGCCGACCCCAGCGCGCGACGCUUGGUCACAGGGAGACAACUAUUUAGACUGGUUUGGACCCGAGCCCAACCAAGGAAAGCAUGGAUCCCAGCCUGCACAAGGCACGCCAGCACAGUGGACGUCCAGUAACCCGAAUGGGAAAUAUUACGACUCUUUAAACACAUACGGCGAUCACUACUGGGUUGUCGACGUGGACAUGGACUGCUCCAAAACUUACCAAGGAUUCUUUGAGUUCAAAGGCGUGCUCUCCAACGGAUGGGAGGUGGGCACGAGCCUGGACAUGGACUGCACAGGAGACGGAGCGGUUCCCUUCCCCUACCACGCCGGCAACCACAUCGGCCGCUGCGGGUUCAUCAACGUGUACCACUAUGCUAGUGGCCCCUGCGAGAUUCACGCCUUUGCCGGUUCCUCACAGGCCGACAACGCUGUCAUUGGGUAAAAGUAUGAAAGCGUGGAAACACCGAGUGGAACACAGACAGUUCAAGUUAAAGAGUAGAUUAUCUGUUUAUAUGGUUGUUCUGUGUACUUGUUAAACUUUAAAACCACUUUGAUUUACAUUCAUAAUGGCAUGUUCUUCUGUAUUAAAAGUACAUGAACUGUC